AUCAACAAACUGUAAAAGCAAAAUGCUGGACAGCAUUUAGAACCCAGAAUUCUGCAGUUGUGCACGUUGCAUAGCUAGAAACUUUGCAAAACAAGCGUUAACCCUGCCGGCUGGAACUAUUCUAAGCUUCCUUGUUGCAUAGGGGACAGAGUAGACUGGAGGACGAAGGCUGGGAUGUUGUAAACAGGGAAGCAAUGCAGAUUGAGCAUCAGUAACAAAGUCGUUUUGAGGAUGAAAAUAAUGAAGUCACCUGCAAUAUGAAACACAAAACGGCCUUGCUGGAAUUAUUGCCCAGCUUUGCACUGACUCAGCAGAAGUCCUCUAUAAACAAGGCUGAUUUUUUUGGCAGAAUCCAAGUACUCACCUGGAAAAGGUUCUAUGGGUUAUAUGGAUGAACAUUUGAAUCGACUAUGAGCUUCUAGUAGUGUAAAACUGGACGAUAAUAUGGAAGCAUUUGAAGUGGAUGACAUCAGUCCGGCUUUGGAAGUCACAGAAGACUUUUUUAGCUCUUUUGAAAAGCUAGAACAUGUUGGCCAUCAGGGUGAAGUCUUUGGAAUUCAUGAAGUCCCAGAGCUCUUGGAAAAUGAGAGAUCCAAUAAAAUUAUACAAGCUGAUGGUCAAAAUGCCAAUACUUCGCAGAGUAGCAUUAUUUGGGAGAGGUGUAAAAGUAGUCUCUUUGAUGCCAAAGCAAAGAAUGGGAUCCAUGCCAAAGAACUUUAUUCGUCAAAUAGAAGAGUAUUUCCUGAUAGCCCCCUGAAUGGUGAAGGGGAUAAAGACACAUCUGCUUUUAACUUGUUUAGUGCAUGUCGUAGACGUGAUAGACCUCGUUCCAUUAAUGACACACUUGCUUGGGUUGAAGAAGCCCCUAAGUUUAAGCGAGGUCACAACAGAUCAAGAUCUGAUAUUAGCCAUCUAGACUGGAGAAAUGUUCGCAAGCCAGCCCCUUUACAGAGGUCUUCAAGCCAGGGAGUGCAUUACACGAACCAAGACAUUGAAGGAAAUACUGAGUUUACGUCUUUGUUUCCAAAUAUUCUCAAGAAAGGAUUCCUUGAAACACGGAAAAGUCAAGAGAACUGUUGGAUGAGCUGUUAUGCUGAGAUUUCCCCAUACAAAUUGCACGUGUAUAGUACCGAUAGCAGUGGAAAUCAUAAUCCUCUUUUUGCUUACGCUCUUGUUCAUAUAGAAAGUAUCACAAUCACAGGUAGCCAUGAAACCAAACUUGUCGAUGUUAUAUUUACAGACAACAGCCAAGUGCAACUUAAGGCUGAUUCUCCAUGGGAAGCCAUGGAUUGGGGACAGAAGUUAUGGGAAGGAGUGCGUGCCUUGACAUUAAUCCCAAAUUAUGUGAACAAUCAGCAGGAGGUCUUGACAAGAUCAAAGAGCAUUAGUGAUAAUGGUGGUGACUAUUUGGAAAAUCAUGGCUUAAUGUAUAAGACCAAUGAAGUUCCAAGUUCUAUCAACUUGUCCAAUGGGUUCUACAAAAAUAUUUUGAAAACAGGAACACUUUAUAGGUUAACAGUACAGAAUAACUGGAAAGCUUUCACGUUUAUACUGUCAAGUUCACAACUUACAGCUUUUAAACCCGGUUGCCUGGAUGAGGAUCCGUUGCUCAGCUAUAAUAUUGAUGUAUGCACAUCGGUCCAAAUGGACACUCUUGAUGGAUAUGAUUCCUGUUUUCAAGUGAUUUUUCCUCAUGAUGUCCUACGACUCCGUACAGAAACAUGUCAAAGGGCACAGGAAUGGAUGGACGCUAUAAUAUCUGUUGCUAACUCUUGUAAGAAAUCAGAAGAACAUCUGCUAGUGCCUCUGCGGAAUAAGCCCAAAGCCCCAAAAAUGAGAGAACUUCAAAAGAGUAAGCGGCAGUCUGUGACCACAAGCUUUCUGGGGAUCAUAACAACAUUGGCUCUGGAGAGGGGGCUCACCGCUCAAAGUUUCAAAUGUGCAGGUUGCCAGAGACCAAUAGGCCUCUCCAAUGGAAAAGCCAAAGUGUGCAGUUAUAGUGGGUGGUAUUACUGUAGCACUUGCCAUGUGGAUGAUGGCUUUAUCAUACCUGCCCGUCUUGUUCACAACUGGGAUACCUCUAAACAUAAGGUAUCCAAGCAGGCUAAAGAGUUUUUGGAGUAUGUAUUUGAAGAGCCAUUGAUUGAUGUGCAUCAGGAGAAUCCACUGCUCUACAGACACGUUGAGGCACUGGCACAUAUUGUACGUCUGAGACAACAACUAAAGUCCCUCAGAGCCUACCUAUUUAGCUGCCGUGCAGUGGUAGCUGAAGACUUACGUCGGAGAAUUUUCCCUCGAGAAUAUCUUUUCCAACAAAUUCACCUAUAUUCACUUGCAGACCUGCAACAGGUUGUCGAUGGCAAGCUGGCUCCAUUUCUCUUAAAAGUUAUCAAGUUUGCAACAUCCCAUGUUUACAGCUGCAGUCUUUGUAGUCAGAAGGGCUUCAUCUGUGAAAUCUGCAACAAUGGAGAAAUUCUUUAUCCGUUUGAGGAGAAUUCUACAAGCCGGUGUGAAAAUUGUGCUGCCGUAUUCCACUCCGAUUGUAAAGUCAAAACACUGCCGUGUCCCAGGUGUGUGAGAAAGGAGCUACAGAAGAAGCAGAAGUCUUUCUGGCAAACUUUGAAUGUGGAUGACAACCUUGAUGAGUCCUGCAACAUGUUCGAUUUGUCUUACCCGAGUACAUGACAUCUAACUGUAUGCAACAUCCAAGCACUAUCUUCUGGUUCUCCCACCUGGUCUCUGCUUAACUAAUUAUGCCUUUGCUCCUUUUUAGAUGUCCGAUUUAGAAAUGACAGUACCUAUGCUUUUAUCCUCAAAUAAAUGGGCUAGCUACUGAAUGGGAACCUAUGGCUAGUUUAGAAUUAGAUCUCCUUACUAUUAGUGUCCUUAUAACUCAAGUGCUCGCUUUUAAUGUGCACACUUUUAUUGACCCUUUUUGUCUGGGUUACAGUUCUACGAAAACAUUAUCUUGAAAGAAGAAAUGUAAUAAUUUAUGCAUGUUCAUGCUCUACGUCUAGGUUAUCUGUGGUGGAUCAUUCAUAACCUAUUUAUUCCUGGAGAAAUGCUAAUAAAAGGGAUUUAGCUUACGUUUUACUGUGUCUCCAAGGAACAUAGCUUUGUCUUUCCCUAAAAUGGAUUUGCUACAAGUUGUCAUAACAUUUGCAAUAUUUGUGUUGCAAGUCCAUUGAAACAGGGCUUAUGGUACUAGAUCAGUUAUAGAAUAAAACAUUUAAUUCAAGGUUUUAAUAAACGAGACCUUGAUUAUGCUUUAUAUGCAAAAUAGUUUUGACGCUGUUUUCUCCCAAGGAAAAGAAACAAAGUUAUUUAUAUACGUUAUAUGUCAUCAACGUUCUGGAACCAAUAAACAAUAUGUGAUGUGUUGGAUAAAAGGCAAUGCAGGUGUUCUACAUAUACUUUGCUAUGCUAUCUUUUCUUCUCUCACCAUCAAGGUGAUGGAAUUUACGUCAAAGAACAAUGUUUAGUUGCCUUAUGUUUUUCUUUUCCAGCACACAAAGAAACAAAGCAAGAACAAGCUUUGUGAAGUGUAUUAAUCAAGUCCAUUAAUGACUGGGGAGGUAUGCAAGGCUUUGUUAGCAAAUACAGAAUUUGCAGAAUAGCUAAAGUCUGCAGGAGUUUAAUGUGCGUACAAGUGAACGUACAGCUGCGACUCAUGGGUGGUAAAACUGUGAGCAGAUAAUUUUGCACAGGUGCUUAAUGCGAGACUGGGAUUGAAAAUGGCCUGCGAAAAAUGAAAUAUGGCUUAAAAAAACAUAGGGUGGUCAUCUUAGCAGUCCAAAUAUGUAUAGUUAUACCUUUACAUACAGGAGGUUUAUAAUUACAGCAGAUCUAAGUGGAUUGAUUUGCUAAUGCUCGCACUAUUCCUCUACUUUAACGGGGAAGAAACAAUUGUAUUUGUUUUGUUUGUUUGCAGUAAAUUACCAAGAGUUUUUUUAUGCUAUGGGCAAACUCAAGUACAUGUGUAAUAUUUAAUAAUCUACAUUAUGGAAAUAUUAAUAAAUAAUUAGAAAAAAAUUACUGAACUCGUCGUCACAAUACUGUGCGUUUGUUAGGAGAAACAAUUCAUACAUCAUUUUCUAGAAUGCAGAAAUUACAUUGCUGUUCUGUGUAAAGUUCCUUACUCG